CAUCACAUCGUCGUCAUGGCUACACUAUCUGACGUGCAACAGCUCCAAUCUUCUCUCGAGGCAUCGCUACAUCAGCGCAUGAGCCAGUUCGAGUCGCAGCUCAAGACUUCAGCGGAGCCAUCAUCGCUUGUUCAGCUGCACGAGGAAUUCAAGGCCUUCAAAGAAGUCGUCCACGGUAUCUUAUUGCUACUACGCAAGCAAAUAAGUGAGCUUUCCGGAGUCACAGACACUCUUGAGAUGAGGCACCGAAGGAAAUGCCUGCUGUUUGGAGGCAUACCGGAAGACCCCAAGGAGCAGACCUCUGNGGAUGGUGCAAAAAGUAGAGGGUGA